CGACGAUGCUGACGAUGACGAUGACGAACAGUUGCCUGCAGCUCAAGGGACCAAGUGAUCAUUCGAUGACAUGUCAUAUGAAGAUACCGUGGUGCCGAAGGUCAAGAAAAACGCUGACGGUUCGCGUCGACGCGUGAAAGCCAGCGACUUUGACGAAAUCUCGAAAGAGAUUCUCAUAACUGCUUGCUCCAUUUAUCGGUGUCUCAUCGUCACACAGGCACCUUUUCCGGAUUCCGUUGCAGCUGAGACAAAACUGGCGAAAGAGGCCUGGCGUGAGGCAUGUCAACUCAAAGGUGUUGACGUCAAACUGACCCCUUCGGCGGUGAAUAUGCUGUUGAAACGCGCUUCACACGUGCGAGGCGAACUCAAGACGAAGAUGCGUCCGCUCACGGCUUCAUUUCACGGCUUCCGCUCAAGUAAUUCUAUGGAGGUGAUAAGGUCAAACCGAGAACUCGCAGAGAGAUUGAAAAUUGGCUCGAUCUUUGUUUUCAAGGUGAGUAUUCGACGUGACGAGGGUGUCAUCUACCACAAAUACUUCGACCCCAUCCCUAUCAAAACUAUUGCGCUCGUGCUUACGGCUAUAGAAUGUUGUGUUGAUGAGUGGUGGCAAGGCAUCAAAGAGGACAUCAAGUUCACAUCUGCUGGUUAUGGGGCCGUCUACAACCAUCAUUUCAGCUCACUGCAACACUUUGAUGAGCGCACUGCACCUUACAAACUCCUUUCAAAAAUUCAUAUCAAUCUGCAUGAUACAGCGCGCUUCCACGCAGGUGUCGCAUCACUCAUUCCAUUGUCAGCUACAUCCCAGGCCCACAUUGACGACGCGGCGUUUGAAGAUGCUAUUCAAGAGUACCAGCGUGAGAGGAAGGAUGCGGCAGUCGAGGAUGAGGUCGAGGAGUAUGAGUAUCCUAGUAGCGAGGGUGGGGAUGAUGAAUAGGGACGCAGUGAGUAAGACGUUCGUAUUAUGCUAGUUUGUGUUUCAGGUGGUUGAAUUUAAUUGUGACUACGAGGUUCUUUGGUGUGCUAUAUAGCUGCUGGUAGUAAUUUAUAGCUGCGUGCAGUAGCACUCCGACAAACUACGGUAGUACCUUGUAGCUACUGGUAGUUACUAUGGGACUCUAUGGUGUCUACAUAGAGGGCACUUGACAACGGGGCUACUCGCGCUACCCUGACUAUAUAGCACUAUGUAGUCACUAUGUUUUUUCCUGAUGUCG